AUGCCCACAGAGCUUGCGACUCCCCUGCGCUACACCGAGGAGCCGAGGGUAGGCGACAUGGCAGACGCCGACGCCGAGGGACAGCUGUCCGCAAGCCAACAAGAGGCUCUUGAGCAAUACAUCCAGGUCACCAACCAAGACGCCGCCGCUGCCGUGCCGCUGCUGCAGCGCUCGCAAUGGAAUGUUCAGAUAGCCAUCGCCAAGUUCUUUGACGGCGAAGGGCCCGAUCCGGUGGCCGAGGCCAUGUCCGCUCAACAGGCCCCACAGACGGCCGCCCGACACGAAAACCUCCAAGAAAGCCUCAUGGCCUCGUCGGCCUGGCCGUCGCCGUCCUCGCGCAGAGACCGAACCGACCCCGCCCCCCGAAUCGUUCCGCAACAGCCCGUCACGCACCGGUCACCGUGGCUCGUCGGCCUCUUGCUGACGCCCUUUGGCUGGGGCUGGCGCGCUGCCUCGACCCUGUUCCGCACCUUUUGCUACGUCCUGUCCUUUCUCCCCGCCUCGAUACGCCCGCCGGCCCUCACGACGGGCUGGACGACUACGACGGGCCGCCGCAUGCUCCUGCCCCGCGAUACGGCCGCGAGAUUCAAGCGCGAGUUCGACGAAGAGUACGGGCCCAACGAAGUCCAGUUCUUCGAGGGCGGGCUGGCGCAGGCGCACGAUCUGGCCAAGAAGGAGCUCAGGUUCUUGCUGGUCCUGCUCAUGUCGCCCGAGCACGACGACACGUCCUCCUUUGUCCGGGACACCCUCCUCAAUCCCGAGAUUGUCGAAUUCAUCAAGAACCCCGCAAACAACAUUAUCUUCUGGGGAGGCAACGUGCUGGACUCGGAAGCCUACCAAGCAGCGACCGAGUACAACUGCACAAAGUACCCCUUCUCGGCUCUGGUCUGCCUGACGCCCAAGGAAGGCAGCACGCGAAUGGGCAUCGUCAAGCGCCUGACGGGUCCCAUGCCUCCAGCGACGUACUUGUCGGAGCUUCAGGGCGCCAUGGAAAAGUACGGCGUCGACCUUGAGGGCGUGCGCGCCGAACGAACUGCGCAAGAGGUGUCCCGCAAUAUCCGGACGGAGCAAGACUCGGCGUACGAGAGAUCCCUGGCCAUUGACAGGGAACGCGCGCGAGAAAAGAGGGAGGCAGCUGCCGCGGCCGAGGAAGCCGAGAGGAGAGCACAGGAACAAGCGGACGCAGCGGCGCACGUGGCGGAGCGGCGGCAGCAGUGGAAGUCGUGGAGGGCGGCCAGGAUCACGGCGGAGCCGGCGGCGGGCGACAACAAGGUGGUGCGAGUGGCCCUCAAGAUGCCGGAGGAAUCGGGAGCCGGACGCAUCGUGCGGCGCUUCCCGCACGACGCACCCAUGGAAGAGCUUUACGCCUUUGUAGAGUGCUUCGACGUGGCGCCGGAGCAGGCAGGGGAGGCCCGGCCAGACGGGUACGAGCACCUGUACACGUUCAGAAUAGUGUCGACGCUGCCGCGGGUCGUCUAUGAGCCCAGCACAACGGUCACCAUGGGGGACAAGAUUGGCAAGUCGGGGAACCUGAUUGUGGAGAGCAUGUCGCUUGAAUCAGACGAGCCGGGCGAAGCAGGGCAAGAGGAGGACAGGGAGUAA